GCCUCGACUGCAUCGCCCGUUGCCCACACCCGCCCCGCGACUGCAGACGACGACUUGGAACGCUAUAACACUGCAGCUUUCUCCGCACCAACCUUCCCUUUCCUCCAUCACACUCUCCUCUAGCGACAUCCACUCCCGCGAGCGACGUUCUGUUCCAGCCACCUCGGCAGAUUGCUUUGUGCCGUCGCAAUCUUGUCUCGAGUCCGCCCUCAUAGUCCACACGUCGCCAGCUUCACCACCGUAGAGAACGCGCUCGGCGAUGGCAGUGCAACCCGCGUACACGUCCGUGGCGGCGCGGCGGACGCUUGGUAGCGAGCCGACAGUCUCAGAGGCGAAGCCGAACUUGAACUUCCCUCCUGCGCUCAAAGCCUGGGUGGGGCGUGCCUUUUUCGAGUAUAACAAACUCAAGACGGAGCCCGCCUACGCUGGCAUCAGCGACGACCACAUCAAACAAAAGUUAUCCGCCACCAUCAGAGAGACUCAGCAGAACGGGACCAUGCACGAACGCGACUGGUCAUCAUAUCCCCUGCCUCACCAGUUGAUAUUGGAAGAGCGCCAGCAAGCCGCCAUGUACAUGGCGCAGAACUCGUUACUAGCUAACCUGCAUUCCGACCUCGGAGCAUAUGGCAUCACGUCGUCUGGCGUGAAUGGCAGGAAGAGGAAGUCGCCCGACCAGGAGAUGACUGAUUCGAACGGCCGCCCCGUGACUCCACCAUGGAAGAAGUCGAACACCAAGAGUAUAGCCGACAGGAUCACCGGCCAGAGUAAGAAGCAGGAGAAGAAGAACAAGAACAGCGCGAAGAACGGCAGGUUUGACAACAGCGAAGCGGCGCUCGAGAGGCGCCGUCAGCGCUUUGGCAACAUUUCACCCACAUCUUCGCCGCCUCAUUCUCGUGAUGAUUCUCCUGCAGUGAUCGCGAGUUCCGGACCCAUUGUCGGCACCUGUGAGGUGCUAGAGAAGCGAUAUUUCAGAUUGACAGCUCCUCCUAACCCAAACACCGUGCGGCCCCUUGCCCUCCUGGAGCAAGCCCUUGAACAUGUCAUUGCCAGAUGGAAGGAUACCAAAGACUAUACAUAUGUCUGUGAUCAACUGAAGGCCAUUCGGCAGGAUCUUACAGUACAACAUCUGAAGAACCAAUUUACAGUUCGAGUUUACGAGGUGCACGCGCGGAUCGCACUGGAGAAGAAGGACCUGGGUGAGUACAAUCAGUGUCAGACUCAGCUUCGAGCUCUGUACAAGAUGAAGCUGGGGGAGAACGGCGGCAGUGGUGGCAACCAGGAUGAGUUCACGGCGUAUCGUAUUUUGUACUUGAUUUACACGCGCAACCGGACCGACAUGAACAACAUGUUGGCGGAUCUAACCACAGCAGACAAGAAAGGGCCCUUUGUGCGUUUUGCGUUGAACGUUCGAGAAGCAUUGGCUGCUGGCAACUACCACAGAUUCUUCAAGCUUUACAAAGAAGCACACGACUGGCGCAUGGCGCCAUCCUUGAUGGACAUGUUCGUCGAGAGGGAACGCGUCAUUGCAAUGGCCGCCAUGUCCAAGGCGUACAAGCCCGAUGUAAGCGCCAAAUUUAUCACCGAGGAACUACAUUUCGAAGAAGACGAAUCGGAAUCAGUUUUCGAGGCCGAUCACAUUCAAGCAUGCAUCGAUUUCAUCAAGCGCCACGGCGGACAAGAUCUCUUGCAAGAAAAGGAUGGCGACGUCCGGGUCUCCACAAGCAAAGCGUACGGCUUGUUCGAAAAAGCAAGACAGUCUGCGUUUGGAGUUGUCGACAUCAAGGGCCAGAUAUGAACCCCUCCCCUUUGCUGCGCACGCCUUCUUCUUUGCUAUCACUGCUCGCUGUCACACUAACUUCCACUAAAGCGACACCGCGAGGCGGGACACGUUCGAGCGGGUAUCUCACAUGCUCAAACGUCCUGGCGCCGGGUAGUCAUGGCAGACCUCACUGCAGCACAUACUUACUUCAAGCCACACCAGACGAAGACCGGCCGCCUGGAAGACGGGGGCAUCAGAGGAAUAGGUGCACAAUGGCGUUUGGAUCCAUGAAAGAUUUGCGAUUGCGUUACUUUCAGUUUUCUGCUUUGAGAUACCACUGCGGCGAGUGUUUUGAGCAUUUCAGGGCAUACAGCCGGGGCAUGGAGGUGGGGUGUUCCUGCGUAAAGAGCUCGAG